GAGGAGCAACCUAGACUCGAUAGAAGAACCUCUUUGUAUCUUGAGAUACUCAUCCGUCGAGGAGGAAAAGCUUGGUUGUUGUUUGGCUAGGAUUUUUUUUUUUUUUGGAUUUGUGCAACACAUAUUAUAUUACGACGAUAAUUUCUGAGAAAGUGGAGAUGGGAAAGGCUGCGAAUUACGAGAACGAACUGGCAACCGAGUUGAGAUUAGGUUUGCUGGGGACAGACCAUCAUGAACCGGAGAAGCAAUCUUUCCCUUUGAGCCUCGUCAUCAAGAGCAACAAGAGAUCUUCAUCAGAAAUGGAUUAUAAUUCCUCUGACAAGUGUGAACAAGAUUCUGCUCCGCCUCCCAAGGCACAAGUAGUUGGGUGGCCACCGGUUCGAUCUUACUGGAGAAAUGCUCUCCAGCAGCAAAAGAAAACCGAGAGUGAUGUUUCGGGGAUGUACGUGAAAGUGAGCAUGGACGGAGCUCCAUACCUCAGGAAAAUCGACCUUAGGGUUUACAACAACUAUCCCGAGCUGCUCAAGGCUCUAGAGGCCAUGUUCAAGUGCACCAUCGGUGUGUAUUCAGAAAGGGAAGGAUACAGCGGAUCUGACAAUGCACCCACUUAUGAAGACAAGGAUGGAGACUGGAUGCUGGUUGGAGAUGUUCCAUGGAAUAUGUUCGUCACCUCUUGCAGAAGGCUCAGAAUCAUGAAAGAAUCCGAAGCCAAGGGCCUUGGGUGUUUGUAGUUGCCGGCG